AUGUCUUUGAUUGUGAUCUGGUUAAGUGUGUGCUACUGCGUCGUGCUCACCUGCACCGAAGACCCCGGCUGCGGGUUCGAGGUCCCGGAUGAUGACGUCACGUCCCGCCUGGGCCACGAGUCGGAUUCGGACGCUGGUUACGACACCAUGUUGAACACAUCGCGUGACGUCACACGUGACGUCGCAUCUAAUGUGACGUCUUCAGUCGCUCUGGAGCAUACCACGACCGAGGAAACUGCUGCUCUUGAGAAAGAGAACGUGGUCACCCGAGUGUCUUCAACAACGACCACAACGGAAGUGACGUCAAUCACUCCGGAAACACUCCAAAUCGAUGUCAAGCUCGAACGCGAUCUGUUGUUUAUUGAGAAACCCGAGCCGUGCGACUUCGGCCAAGGCGAAGAGCUGACCAUGUGCGACUGGACCAACUACUUCAACGCGACCCCCAAGAUGGCCUGGAAGCCCGGCAAGGGGGACACAGCCCUGUGGCUGGGGGGACCGCGAACGGACCAUACCCUCAACACCGGUGAAGGGCCGCAGGGCUUCUGCGUGAGUUUCUUCUACGCGCUCGAAGGCCUGAGCGUGGACCGACUCAAGGUGGUCAUCAUGGACGCCGCCACGACGGCGAACAUCACGGUCUGGGAGAGCCAGGACAACUACGACGGCCGCUGGACCAAGGGCGAGGUGGCUUACACGUACGGAGACGUCCACCAGAUCUGGUUCGAGGCGGUUCCCAAGAGACGCGGCGACCCGGCCCGCAAGUUCAGGGGCUACAUCGGUUUGGACGACAUCCUCUUCGACCGAAUGGAGGAAGCCGGCGACAACUGCCUCGGCCACUGCACCUUCGAGGGCGGCUACUGCGGCUGGCAGAACGCGGACACGGACGACGACUUCAACUGGGAGCAGGGCAGGGGCAGUCAGAGCUUCCUCACGGGGCCCUCCAGGGACUACAGCAGCUUCGGCAAGGACGAGAUGACGGGCGGUUACAUUUUUAUUGACUCUUCGUUUCCGAGGCGACCCAUGGACCGAGCCAGACUCAUCAGCCCGACGCUCAAGGCUACGGGGGCCAACCUGCCGAUGUGCAUGAAGUUCGCGACGCACAUGUUCGGCAACGGCAUCGGCACACUGCGCGUGCUGCAGCACGCCGAGGGCGCCGAGACGCCGCCCAGGACUAUUUGGGAGAUCACGGGCGAGGCCGGCAACAGCUGGUACACGGCCCAGGUGCAGGUGGCCACCACCGAGCCGUUCACGCUCAUGCUGGAGGCGACGGUGGGGGCAAACUCUUUGGGAAACAUCGCCAUCGACAACAUCGCAUUUCGUGUUGGCACAUGUCCGAGCGACUGCAACUUCGAGGAGGACGCGUGCGGCUGGACCAACCCUCACCCUGCCGACGGGCUGGACGACCUGGACUGGGCGCGCCAGUACAGCUACGGCCUCAACGGACCGCCCGCCGACCACACCAAGCGGAAGCCAGACGGCUACUACAUGAACCUGGCGAGCUCUGGGCACCUCCCGCAGCGUGGCGGGUCCAAGGCGUGGCUCCUGAGCCCCAAGCUGGGACCCGAUAUGACGCUGCCCCGCUGCCUGUCCUUCUCGUACUACAUGUACGAGCGCACCAUCGACCCGGCGGGGCCCAGCCUGGGCUCGCUGCGCGUACACGUGCUCAGGGACGCCGCGCCGGGGCUCUUCUCGCUCCAGACCGUCUGGAGGCUCAACAACCACCAGGGUCAUCGCUGGCUGGUGGCCCGCUGCCCGGUGAAGCUCCCGGACGGAGCCCCGAUCGGCGAGCCGUAUCAGGUGGUCCUCGAGGGCAUCUGGGGCCACGGCAGGGUGGGAUACGUGGCCGUCGAUGACGUCAGCUUCUUCGACGGAGACUGCAACACGUUCCCGGAGAAGGCUAAGGCCAUUCCAGGCGAGUGCUCCUUCGAGCGGGACAUGUGCGGCUGGACGAACGCGACGGGCGUGGACGCGGCGCCCAGCACCAACCUGGUGGGCAGGGCGGGCUCCGUGCCCAGGGAUUCCCUCACCUGGAGGCUCGCCUCCGUCGUCAGCCGCCCCGCCAACCUGCAGGACCACACCUACAGGGCGCCCACCGGCUACAUCUUCUUCGACAUCUUCAACCAGAACUCGGUGCAGAACCCGGUGCUCCGCAGCACCCCGAUCGCCGCCGCGGACGGCGAGACGGAGCGCUGCCUCAGCUUCUGGUUCGCGCCUUUCGGCCGCGGAGAGUCCUCCACGCUCAGUGUUUUCAGGGCCGCCGAAGCGCCUCCCGCGGGCGAGGAGCCGGCAGCGGCGUCGAGCAACGGCAACGGGGCUGCGCCCAGGGUGCUCAUCUGGAGGCUGUCCACGCGGAGGAUGGACACCAGCCGCCCGGACUGGAGAUACGGACAGGUCAAGGUGCCCGUCGAUGCACCCUUCAAGAUACACUUCGAAGGAGAAGCGACGGACGGUGGAUUCGCCCUGGACGACAUCACCAUGUACGACGGCAACUGCGAAACUCGUCCUCCAACAGCCGCCAUUGCUACCACAGACGUGUGAACCGUCCCAGUUGACAGCGUCAUUCUCUCCAGUGUUCUGCAGGA